AUGGCAAACAGAGAACAGCAAAAUCAAACAACAGUGUCUGAAUUCAUCCUGUUGGGAUUUGGAGGUCUCCCCAGAGUGCAGAUUCUUCUCUUCCUGCUCUUCUUCGUGAUCUAUUUGGCCACCAUGGCUGGGAAUCUCCUCAUUAUUGUGCUGGUUGUGACUGUCCAGCACCUUCACACCCCCAUGUACUUCUUCUUGGGAAACUUGUCCUUCUUGGAAAUUUUCUAUAGUUCCACCAUCCUGCCUAAAAUGUUGCUAAACCUCUGGAUGGGGGAAAGAAGUAUAUCUUUCAAAGCCUGUUUCAUACAAUUUUCCAUUUUCACUUGCCUGGGAGGUACUGAAUGCUACCUCCUCUCCAUGAUGUCUUAUGACAGGUAUUUAGCAAUAUGUAAACCACUCCAUUAUGCUACUAUUAUGAAUGGCAGGUUGUGUUUCCAGCUUGUAGCUAUGUCUUGGGUAAGCGGAGUCUUACUCAGUACAAGCUUGACUUUAGAAAUAUCCUGGUUAUCCUUCUGUGGCCCUAAUGAAAUAGACAAUUAUUUUUGUGAUAUUAGUUCUGACAUUAGAUACGUCUCCUGUAGUGACACCCAUUUAUUUGAACUCUCAUCUUUCAUAUGUGCUAUUGUGCUCACCCUGCCUCCCUUUCUCCUCAUCCUUUCCUCCUACAUUUUCAUCAUCAUGUCUAUCCUGAGAAUCACGUCUACCAUUGGGAGGAGAAAGGCUUUCUCCACCUGUUCCUCUCACCUCACUGUGGUUGCCUUGUAUUAUGGAUCAAUCAUGCUUGUUUACAUGGUACCAAGAUCCCGAAACCUAAGAGAAAUGAAGAAAGUCUUCUCUCUCUUCUACACAAUCUUGACUCCAGUGGUCAAUCCCCUGAUAUACAGCCUAAGAAAUAAGGAAGUCAGGGAGGCUGGAAGAAACUGCUUGAAGAGAUUUAUACACUGUAUGACAUGA